AUGAAACAGAACUGUGCUGCAAAAGCGCCCUGUGGAAUUGACUCCAAAGACGGCAAGGCCACUUGCCCUCUCAAUGGAUGCUGCUCUUCUUGGGGUUCAUGCGGCUUUACUGACACCUUCUGUACAACUGGACCAGGUGAUACUUGUCAAAAGAACUUUGGCACGUGUGGUAUUCCCGCGAAACCUUCUUGCGGACAAAUUGCCAACUCAGCUACCAAUGGUCGUCAUAUCGGGUAUUACCAAGGCUGGAAUGUUCGAACUCGAGACUGCGAUAAAGUGUGGCCGAGCCAACUUUCAACCUCUGGCUUGACUCACCUAGUAUAUGCCUACGCUUCGAUUGAUGACCAGACCUUCCAGAUCAAGCCGGAUCACCCAGCAGAUGCCGAUUUGUACCACCAAUUCACUGCACUCAAGACCGACCGACUGAAGACAUGGAUCGCAGUGGGAGGAUGGACAUUCUCAGACCCAACAUCUCCGACCUACCACACGUGGUCAAAGCUGGCUAGCACUGCGCUAUAUCGAAAGGCUUUCGUCACUUCGGUUGUAGAGUUCAUGACCAAGUAUGGGUUCCAAGGCCUUGAUGUUGCGUGGGAAUUUCCAGCAAACCCCGAUCGAGGCGGCAACGAUAAUGAUACACAGAACAUGAUUGCCUUGAUGAAGGACCUGAAGCAAGCGUUUGGGUCAAACUUUGGUCUUAGCACAGUUUUGCCCGCAGACUAUGUCUACCUCCAGGGCGUGGAUCCGCUUGCGUUGCAUCCCUAUGUGGACUGGUUCAACUUCCUGAGCUAUGAUUUCCAUGGCCCGUGGGAGCUCAACUCGAUGUUCAUGAAAGCAAAGCUUCGACCACACACGAGUCUUCUCGAGAUUGAUAACAAACUCACUCCACUGUGGUUCAACAAGGUCGAUGCUUCUAAGAUUAAUCUGGGAAUUGCAUACUAUGGACGAGGCUUCUCUGCAGAUCGGAAUUGUCUCAACGUAGGGUGCGACGCCUACGGCAUUGGACAACAGGGCUCCUGCACGAAACAGCCAGGUAUCAUGAGCAACAUUGAGAUCCAUCGUCUUGUAGAGGAGAAGAAGCUCAAGCCUGUGCUACUUAAAGAUGAAGCAGUGAAACAAAUCACCUGGGAUGAUCAGUGGUGGAGCUAUGAUGACAACGAAACAGCAGCCAUGAAACUGGCUUUCGCCAACACCCGAUGCCUUGGUGGUGUUUUUUCGUGGGCUAUGGAUUAUGAUGCU